AGACACAUACGUACACCGCACACAGGGUGUGGUCUACUCUGUCUCAUCAGCAAUUCAUGUAGUCUCACUUGUCCGUCCGUCACACGCACGCACACGGAGCGAUCGAUGGAUUAGUCAGUCAGUCUGGGCUGCACAAACGCCUCGACCACUGACUGCAUGCGCACAUCACAUCCUCUCCGACUGACAGUGACUGACAGCUCUUGUUCGAUCCCUGACCGACAAACAGAUAAAUACUGUCUACAUGCACACACAACCAAAACAGGCCAACUGCAAAGAAAGAGUCCCGUCUAGCCUCCUUUCUCGUCCAUUCAGCUUCAGCCUCCGCUGCAUGUCAGUCAGUCAUUGCCCUCCCUCCUCCACACAUCCCAUCAUCAGCGUCUCGUCCAGCUCGUCUAUGAAGCGACAAGACGAGCUAAGGGACGAUGCACCACCCACAGUGGCAGCGGCACCGCCACAGCCGUGUGCACCGCUUGCGUCACCCUGUAUCCGCGCAUCACAGAACCAACACACAAUGACGCCACCAAGGCACUCGCUAGCCGGCCGUCGCCGGCCUCCCUUAUUAUGUACCUCCGUUUGCACAUCGGCGCCAUGUACAGGUGCGGCGAAGAUCUGUGCCAUGCGAUAGUGGUGCGCGUCUCGAGCCAUGAGCACCUGAUCGCCUGUCUGCUUUCCCCUUGGUGUCGAUGCUGCCGCCUUGGCCUUGGCCAUCUUCUUGCUGCCUGCCUGGCGCGAGAGUCUGUCGCGGACCUGCUUGUGGACGGGACUGAAAGGGAGGCGCCGCAUGUGCUCCAGAUGGAGACGCUGGACCAGGUCCCACAAACCGCUGGUGGACAAAGAAGGAGGCGACAGAGAGAGAGUGGGGAACAGGUAUGUAAAAUAGUCGAUCGACGAACCAUCGGUACGCCAGACGGAGGAGCUCCUCAUUUUUGAGCUCACAAACGCGCGUCCCUUGCUCAUCACCUGCAUGACACAACAGACAGAACAUCAGCCCCAUGGCACUUGUCAACCAACCGCAUGGAAUGCAUUGCUGGCCCGCCCACCCACGCACCGACCUGAGCGGCCUUUGAGGCGGAUGCAUCGCCUCAGCAUUUCUCUCCCGCCGUCACCCAGCGUCAGGGUCAUGCCGUCUUCAUACUCAAAGCGCUGCACCCACACAUGCACAGCACAUACAAUACAGAAACACGAGCAGAGCACGGGACGUUCAUUCAUGUACAUAAAUGUACCGACCCACCGACCGACCGACCAAACUCACUCACUCACCAAUUUGGGCGGUAUGGUCGAAGCGUCGGAGAGCCGCAGCAGGUCGUCCUUGCGGAUCUUCAGCCCUUGUAUGGUGACCUCCUCCACGCCCGUAUCCCUUGUCCGCAGGUAUCCCUCCACCUUGGCGUGUCGCGACUUGCCGGGCGGCGGCCGAUAUCGGCCGCCCUCCUCUAUUAUCAUCUCGCCCGUUGUGGCCACCUCCAGCAACUUGGGCACCCGCGGACCUGUGGGCACCCCUCGUUGUGGCACGGGCUCGUCGUCGUCGUUGUCCUCGUCCUGAUCGUAAUCGUCAUCCUCAUCCCAGCUCCCCUCACCGUCGUCGGCACAGGGGUCCUCAGGCAUCAUGAUGCCUGGGGGAGUAGGCGUCACCGUCGUGCUGCUGUAGGCUUUUGCCUCCUGUUUGACGGCAGCUCUCGCUCUCUGCCGUGCCAGCUCAUUCAGGGCAGCGUCGCGUUGAGCUUCGACCUGCAUGCAACCAUCCAUCCAUCCAUCCAUCCAUCCAGUGGCCACAGAAAGGAAUCCACGUGUGUGUUGUGUGCGUCAGGCAACACCUGUUGGCAGCGUCGCUUCCAUUGGUCUCUCUGGGCUUCGAGCUCAGCGAUUCGUUUCCUCGAUUCGUGCCGAGGAGUUCCACGAUAUCCAGGAAGCAUGGAACCUCGGCUGAGGUCUGCAGGCAACAAGGAAGCAAGGCAGCGUGGAAGUAGCAGACAGACACACGCAGACGCACGAAGGAUGUGCGCACCAUUGAGCGGUUGCUGACAGCAGCGACUCGUCCUGAGCAGCAAACGCACACACACAACGCCAGGUCGAUGAACCAUGAACACACACGAGCGAUGGUACCUGUAGCCCCUGAGGAAAUCUAGCCUCUGAGGAUCUCCUCGUUCUGCCUGCCUUGAGGAUCUCCUCGUUCUGCCUGCCUCAGAUACACACAGAACAGCAUUCACUGACUGACUGACUUUGACUGACUGGAUCUUCCCUCCUGCACAGAUCUCCCUUCUCUGCUCACCGUCGUGCAGACGCCUGCUCUGACCUGACGAAGUAGCCACUCGACUCGAGGUGGCGAGCUUGAGACUGGGGCGUCGUGCCCCCCCGCGUCUCGUCAAACGCAU